AUGGCUUUCCCAACGUCAUCAAGAAAUUCUCGCAAACGCAAUGCUCCCAGCGUACCCUCCGUGCCGACCGGGAACGUAACCCAACUUUAUACUCCUACGGAUCAAGUCUCAAACGUAGACUUAAUGAAGUGGACUCAUUCUCCCGAAGGCUCUAUGUCCCCUGAUUCCUCCCGCUAUAACACGAAUAAUCAUGCUAAAAUUUCAACAACUAAGACUAUGUAUGAUCAGUCAUCACAGCCACUUUCAACUCAACUGGCCAGGCGACCCAUAAACCAUGAAUUGAUGCAGACUGGACAGUCAAUUUAUGAGAGCCUCGACCAGUGGGGCUCGUUUGCAGAUGAAACUACUUUGGACCCAUCCAACCCCAAUGCUCCUGAAGAGGAGCAUAACAGUAUCGAAAUACUUGAAGAGAAAGCUUCCAUUGCCAAAAGGGAUGCGCAAGCAAAACGAAAGCAGAUUCCACCAUUUGUUCAAAAGUUGAGCAGUUUCUUAGAGGAAUCACGGAAUACUGAUCUAAUUCGAUGGUCCGAACGUGGUGAUUCUUUUGUCGUGUUAGACGAGGACGAGUUCGCGAAGACUUUGAUACCAGAAUUAUUCAAGCAUAAUAAUUACGCAUCCUUUGUGCGACAAUUAAAUAUGUAUGGGUUCCACAAGAGAGUAGGGCUUUCGGACAAUUCAAUGAAAGCAAGUGAGCGCAAGAACAAAAGUCCUAGCGAAUAUUAUAAUCCUUAUUUUAAGCGGGGGCACCAGAACCUCUUAUGGCUAAUAAACAAGCCCAAAUCUGGAAAUGCAAAAAAUAAGAAAAAAUCAAAAGAUCCCGAGACUCUUCAUGUAGAGAGCGAUGAUGAUAAGGAUGUAGAAGAGAUUUUCGGAAAUUCCACUCAAAACUCGCGAGCUCUAUCAACAGGCCCAGAGUCAAACUCUUUACAGCGUCGAGAUGUUAAUGUCAUCCACACUCAACUUGCUGAGAUUCAGCUACAACAAACUGCCAUCACCAAUGCCAUCCAACGUCUACGAAAAGAUCAUAACACUCUUUACCAACAGUCUAUGGCUUUUCAAUCCCUCCACGAUCGACAUGAAAACUCAAUUAACGCUAUCCUAAGCUUUCUUGCAACAGUUUACAAUCGAAGUCUUGAUGGACAGAAUACUCCGAAUAUUUCCCAGAUGUUUACAAACACUAUUCCCCACGGGGAACCACAACCUGCAGGGAAUGUAGUAGAUAUUGGAGGAAUUUCUAAUCGACAGGAGCAAACUCCCGGUAGUAUGAGUCCACGUCGGAAAGCGCAGCGUCUCUUGAUGGCUCCCCCCCCCUCAAAAAAGUGGGCAGGGCUUGCUUCAAACUUCUCCAACUCACUCAAUGGCCGAAAUACUCCAAACCCUCCAAACUUUGCGCCCUCAAAAACACAACCAAAUACUAUCGAUGAAGUCUUCGAAACAUCGCGGGGUGGCUCUCGUAUAUCUCAGUCACCUAAGUCGCCUCCAAAAGCUGAGUCAACCGCUCAGCGACAACCACCUGAGUUGAUGAUGGCCUUGAUCAAUAAUACAAACUCUGCUAUGAAUCAGGCUGCAUCUUCUAAUACUACGGAGCUACCCGAUAUGUUAUCGCACUAUAAAGAUGCCGGUCAAAACUCCACACUGACAUCAGAGCAGCGAAAUACCAUGCUUUCUCUUAUGGCUAAUAGCUCGGCUCCAGGCCUGAAUGAUGGACCUAUCUCUCCUCCACCACCACCUUCACCAUUCGAAGAUAUUAGGUAUACAUCUAAAGAGAUCGAUGACUUACUGCGACUACACAUCCAGCAAGAUACUAAGAUUAACGCUGUCAAAGAUAAUCUUAUUUCGCCUUCAUCAGCAGGAUUAAUUACUUGUAAUGAAGAAUCAGAUUACUUCAACCCUGAUCUCUCAAAUAGUAACCUUGACCUUGAUCAACUUCUCGAUACUAGCGCCUAUUUUACGGGCAAUAACUCAAUAACACCAGGAAAUCCUAUUUCUCAAGAUUAUGAGGGACUUGAUGACGGCAACUUUUGCCUAGAUAUGGAUGGUGGUGUAGGGAUAAAGCUCGAAUUUCCAGAAAGCAAUGACGUGGGUUUUUUAUCGCCGCAGACGCACGAACAAGUAGAUGAUUCAUUUCUCGUUCCUGAUAAUGUUAAUAUUAGUAGCACUGUUGAGAACGUUUCUACGCCAUCAAGCCCCAGUAAGCGCCGGCGAUGCAAUUAG